AUGCUAAUUGAACCUUUCCAUUAAGAUACUAUUUAGGAUAUAGCCUUUAACUAAAACUGUUCCAGAUUUGCUAUUGCAUCCAGCGAUUAAACAUUAAGAAUUUUAAAUAAAGUAGAUGGCAAAUGGGAAAAGAGUUCUGAAUUCAAAUUUAGUUGUAGUAUUGCUUGGAAGGUUAAAUGGGCUGAUCCUAAAUUUGGAUAGUUGAUAGCAAUAUCAAGUCAAAGCAAAGCAAUAUAAAUAUGUGAGGAAAAGAAAUAAUACUAAGAAAACUUAAAUGGAUAAAAACAAAUCAUUACGCUAUGGAAAUAAAGAUCUCUAACACUUGAAAAGUCAGAAUUAAUUGCUGAUAUUUAUUUCGGUUCCAAAUCUAACGGCUUACUAUUAGUGAUUGCAUAUGUAGAUGGAAUUGUUUAAGUUCACAGAGCUUAUGAAAAUAAUUAAUUUCGAUUAGAAGGAGAGGAAAUCACUAUUAUGCCAUAUGGAAUUAGAGCAUUGUCAUGGAAUCAGGCUCCCUCAGAUAAAGAUAUGAGUAUAUUUGCUGGAAAUGAUGAAAAAUCGAGAUAUUUGAAACUCAAACAUGACAAUUACAAUUUACAAAGAAUAAAAACCUUAUCUAUAUGGGUGCUUUCACAUGAAACAUAAAAAUUAACUUUUACAAAAUUUUUUGAAUUUGAUGAAGAAAAGACUGUCUAUGAUGCUUAAUGGGCAAAUUAAAAUGGCAAGACUUAUCAUUAAAUUGCAUUUGCUACUUAAGAAGGUGCUAAAAUUUGGCAAUUCAGAUUUAUAGGCGAAUCUUAAGUAGAAAAACAAAAUUUAAUACUAAUCAACUUAGAUUCCUCACCCAGUUGUCUACCUUAUAGAGUGCAAUUGAAUUCUCUAGCUAAUUUGCUUACUGUUUCUUAUGAACUUAUAGCAAAUGAUGAGUAAUAAUAAACGACAACCAGAGAUGUUAAAGUUUUUCAGCUUCUAAACGGGAAUUGGAUUAUAAAGACAAUAACUCCUGAGCCAAAUCUAAUAAAAGAUAUCUAAUCUCUACUUAGUUUACCAAGUGUUUAAUUGAUUUAAUGA